CUUCUGGUCGCUAGGAUGGCACCUAGCGAAAUGCUUGUUUUCUAAGAUCCCUGUUGUAACAAGUGUGAAGCAGAUAGUGUAGAAAAAGUCUAACACCAGGACCUGCAAACACUGUGACAGUUAUGUACUCGAGCAAGGAAGACACCCUGUCCCCAGAUGAGUUGAGGAAAAGACUCUAUCAAACUUUUAAAAACAAAGGAGUCCUCGAUACACUCAAAACACAGCUAAGGAAUCAGCUCAUCCAGGAGUUGAAACACCCACCUUUGACUGGAGGAGAACCAGUCCCCAGACCAGUACCUGUGAAAUCUGAACCCCUCUUGGUCUCAGCCUGUAACAGCAUAGUGGCUGAUCAUCUAAGUACCUCAGGAUAUGAGUACACACUUUCUGUAUUCUACCCUGAAAGUGGCUUAUGCAAAGAAAAGGUUUUCACAAAAGAAGACCUUCUUCAUCUUCUUAAAAUUAAUCCCACAUCAGCCCUUUACAGAUCCCUGUCUUCAAAUAAAGACAAUGAUAAAGGGUUCCUGAUCAGCCUACUAACUCAGCUAACACACCAUUAUAGUCAUGGCCUGUGCCAUGAUGCAGACACACAGACAACAAGUCAUGGAGAGUCUCUUGUUGAGAAGAUGAAAAUGAUCGAUAAGGAAUAUGAGAAUUUCAUUUACAGUGGGGACAAAUGGUUUCCUCUCCAAUCAAAACUGGCUGCAUAUAGAAAAGAAAUUGAAGCCCAGAUGCAAUCAGAAAUGAACACAAAGAUGCUGCAUUUUAAAGAUGUUGAGGUUGCCAAGGUGAGGAUGGAAGAAAAAUCCAAAUUUCAUAAAGAAUUUGAUAAGCUGAAACAAGAGCUGGAGAGGACCUAUGAACAGAAGACAAAGGCAUUGAUGGACCGGGAGAAAAAUGCCAUUGAUCGGUUACAAAAACAACAAGAGAUAGAGGAAAAAAAUGUUUAUAUGCAGAGACAAUCAGUACUGAAAGAAAUUGAAACACUGCGGAACAGAGAAAAUGAGCUGAGGAUGAGAACAGAGGCUUUUGAAAAGACUUUUCAAAUUCACAAGGAGAAGGUCAAAACCACAGAAGAGCUGAUGAGGAGGAGAGAACUGGCCGUGAAGACAAUGGAGGACAUGUAUGACCAAAGGCUGCAGAAUGAACUUUCCAGGUAUCAGCUUGAAUUGAAAGACGAAUUCAUCAAGAGAACAGGAAAACUAACCGAUAGUGAGAACCGAAACAAAGUGGAAACCGCUCGUAUCCAAAAGGAGUCGGCUGUAAUUGAUGCCAAACUAGAGGAGCAUAGUAGAGCACGGUCAGAGCUGAGACGGCUGCAGGCUGAGCUAGACACAGCACAGCAGCAGAUUCCUCUGCUGACUCAACAGAAGGAGCUGUUAAGAGAAAGGCUGGAGACCAUGAGUGACUACCCCAGCUUGAAACGAGAGAAAGCAGAGCUGCAGGGGCAGCUGCGGCUGCUAAAGAAGCAGCUGGAUGAGGCCCAGGAGGAGAACCGGCUUCUCCAUGCAGAUUUGGGCAAACCAUCCAAAGAGCAGCUGGCCCUGCAGAUGGAGCUACGGAGGCUGCAGAGCGCCCGCAGACUCGAUGAGGAAGAGUUUGACAACCAGAAACAGGUGCUGCAGGCACAGCUCCAGAGUGAGGUGGAGCGCUGCGCUCAGCUCAAGGCUCAGCUGACAGAGUGUGAGGAGAAGUCACAGUGGAUGAGUAACCAUGUUGAGGACAUCAAGAUGCAGCUUCGCCAAACACAGCAAGCUCUUGAAAAUGAAGUGCUGCGUAACCCCAAGCCCUCUCUUGUUGAUCGCUCAGUGCUGGAGCUCAGUGCUGACAGGCUGGUUCCCCCUGACAUCUAUGUGGACAGAGCUCUGCUGAGGACCAGGGUGGGUUAUGAUAAUGUUUGUGAAGCAGGUGGACCCUUGCGAGGACACCAGUUGCCUUGGAGUGACUCUCCAGACUCUGACAUGGAGCUGGUGGCUGAAGCCAAGGCUCGGAUCCAGGAGCUGCAGAAGGAGGCUGAGACCUUGGAGGAAGCCUACAGGAACUACCAGCAGAGGGCAGUGCGCUCCACCAUCUCACACAUGCUUCCCCCAAGACCUCUUUCCCCACAACAACCACAUCCUUCACAUCGCCCCAACUCUCCUCUAAGGAAACUGGUCUCUCACCAUUCUCACACCCACUCACCCCACAAAUCAAAGGUCUCACACCGACCACUGUCUCCCCAAAGCACUCGAACCCCCUCCUCGGCGUCCUAUGACACCAGAAACGCCUUACCACCUGCGCAGCCAAGAGUGACCUUCUUAGAAGCUCAAAACCAACCCGAGUCCACAGUUUUCACUGAGCGUAGUCUCCAUUCAUUCACUGAACCUCUGUUUCUAAGAGAUGGACACCCUGAGGAUGAAAGCUUUGCUCCAUCCAGACGUCUGUCCUCCACACCUCACUCUUCCUCCAGGAAAAAACUUCAAAGAGAGACUGCAGAAGAGGCAGUUGCGUCUCCAGUGGUGUUCACGGAGCUGUCGUCUGACCGACAGCUCCCUCAUGCCCCCCGCGAGGAGGUGGUGACCUCAGGUGACUUGUCCUCUGAGUUCAGUCCACCUCCCAGUCCGCAGCUCAAAAGCACAGCACGAGACCAGACCAGUCCACCCAAAAUGCAUCCUGUCAUCUUCAGCUCGGAGUCUUCCCCAGAGCCUGAGAAGAUCAGCCUUGAAGAUCUCACUGGGAAUGUGUCAGAGCCCGGCCACAUUCCAGAGCUUCUCCUGGACACUGCUGUCCCUCUUACUGAGGAGGCCCCUGACGGCCCCGCUGUCCCCCGCCCACGGGACCUCCCAGAAGACCCGAUAGACUUGCAGGGCCAGGCGGAGGUCCCACAAACCUCAGGUGAAUCUGCUAGGGAAGAAGAUGAAGAGGAUGAAGAGCAGAGGUGGGAAAGAGAGCGAAAGGAAAGACAAGAACGAAGGCAAAGGGAGCAAGAGGAAGCCAGAGAGAGGGAGCUCCAAGAACUCAAAAGACUGGAGAAAGAGAUGCUUUUGCAAGAGGUGGAGCAACCAGGACAGGAAGGAGAAGAAGCAGAAGAAGAAACGGGGAUUAAGAAAGGGGAUGAAGAGCAGAAAGAUGAUGGAGAGGAGGCUAAAGCAGAAAAUCCCUUGGAAAAAUACAUGAAAAUGGUCCUGGAGGCAAGGGAGAAGGAGCAUGGACAGAGCCCUGGACGAGACGAAGCAGGACAUACGAGCCCGGAGGCCAAGAGUUUGUCUGAUGAAAAAGAAGACAGCAUUGUAGCAUAUUCACACAAGGAUGAAGAUGAUGACUUCUGGUGAGCUGUUUGUCCCAGACUGCCAUCAUAAACUAAUGAAUUAUACGAGCCGCUGUAGUCUUUUACUGUUUUAAGUGUGAUGCAUUUGUUGUUUAUAUUUUA